CUUGCGGCCGAGCUCUCCUUCGCCAGGGCGCCGAGGACCGUCUUCCUCCUUUGCUGGGAGAGGAGACGCCGACACCUCCAACCUCCCUCCCUCCCCUUUCUCCAUCUUCUCCAUCUUCUCCGUCUUCAGUCAGGAGGUCACUAGCUGGAACCGUCGUCAGCUUGAAGAACUUUCGUCAAUCGUCGCCAUGUACCUGGAGAACAAAAGCAACCCGGACCUGGAAAUGUCCCAGGCCUCGGCGCCCGCCCACCAAGGGGCGGGGAAUUUCGGCGAGCUGCGUCUGCUGCAGGGAAUUUCGGAGCGGCGGGAGACGCAGAAGCCGGCCGGCCCGCCGACCGGCCAGCGCGGCAUCCACGCCGACGGCUUCCUGCCCGCUCGCCAAGAAGACAGGCACAAUUUUACCGCGGUUAAUAUUCUCACCGGCAAAGCGAAUUCAGCCAACAUCUCAGAACGGUCGCCUCUGCUCAGGUUCUCGCCAGAUGACAGCACGGCCUACAUGAGCAUGCACGAUCCCGGCUUCUACGGCGGCGAGGAGCCUUGGGACAGCGGCGGCGUGGAGCUGGAGAGGAGGUACCGCCUGGGCAGCGAGGUGACCGGCCUGUCGCUGCUGCGCUCCAACUCGUCGGACAAGAGCGACGCCGUGGAGCACCUCAGCGUCGGCUUCAAGCUCGCCAGCAGUCUCAAAUGCUGUUUCCGCGUCUCCAAAGUGGCCACCAUCUUCGCUAUUGUCGUUUUGUGCAGUCUGUUCUUCAGCAUGUAUCCCGACCGGGACAACCCUCGGAGGAUGUUGGCCGUCUCGGCGAGCGACAGCUUCUCGAUGAACCUGACGGACUUCGGGGACAACGCUCUGCUGAAGCUGCAGUUGGGAGGCCCGUUCGGCGGCGGCGCGGCCGACCCGGCCAGCCGGGAGUACGUCCUCGUCCGGGUGGAGCAGACCGAGCCGCCGGGCCAGCGGAGGAGGAGGGCGCAGCAGGUGCUUUACAACUGGACAAUUCCUCUGCACAGCGAGCGAAGCGACCAACUGCUGCUGACCAAAACCUUCGAGAUGCUCAGCAGCGACCCGAUCGUCAUCACGGCGCAGGCGUUCACGACGGACGACGAGGCGGUGCCGCUCUCCAUCACGCACCAGUCGCUCUACGUCAGCGUGGAGACGCAGGUGGCCGUCGCCGGCGUCAUCCUGGCGGGCGUCUACGUCCUCAUCAUCUCCGAGAUCGUCCAUCGCACUCUGGCGGCCAUGUUGGGAUCUUUGGCGGCCUUGUCCGCUUUGGCCGUCAUCGGCGACCGACCCAGUUUGGUCCAGGUGGUGGAAUGGAUCGACUACGAGACGCUGGCUCUCCUCUUUGGCAUGAUGGUGCUGGUGGCCAUUUUCUCCGAGACGGGCUUCUUCGACUACUGCGCCGUCAAGGCCUACCGCCUCUCCAAAGGCCGGGUGUGGCCCAUGAUCAUCAUCCUGUGCCUCAUCGCCGCCAUCCUCUCCGCCUUACUGGACAACGUGACCACCAUGAUGCUCUUCACCCCCGUCACCAUCAGGUUGUGCGAGGUGCUCAAUCUGGACCCCAGACACGUGCUGAUCGCAGAAGUCAUCUUCACCAACAUCGGCGGCGCGGCCACAGCUGUGGGCGACCCGCCGAACGUCAUCAUCGUGUCCAAUCAGGACCUGCGCAGACAAGGCAUCGACUUUGCCAACUUCACCGGCUACAUGUUCUUGGGAAUAUGCCUGGUCCUGUUCACCUCCUUCCCCUUCCUGCGCAUGCUCUACUGGAACAAGAAACUCUACAACAAAGAGUCGAUCGAAAUAGUGGAGCUCAAGCACGAAAUUCUGGUGUGGAGGCAGACGGCGCAGCGCAUCAAUCCCGCCAGCCGCGAAGAGACGGCCAUCAAAUGUCUCCUCAUGCAGAAAGUCCUCAACCUGGAAAGUCUGCUGCGCAAGAUGAUGCAAACCUUCCAGAGAGAAAUUUCCCAAGAGGACAAGAACUGGGAGCAGAAUAUUCAAGAGCUGCAAAAGAAGCACAGAAUCACCGACAAGGUGCUCUUGGUGAAGUGCGUGUCGGUGCUGGCCGCGGUGAUCUUCAUGUUCUUCGUCAGCUCCUUCGUUCCCAGCAUUCACCUGGAUCUCGGUUGGAUCGCCAUCCUGGGCGCGCUGUGGCUCUUGGUCCUGGCCGACAUUCAGGACUUUGAGAUGAUCUUGCACCGCGUGGAGUGGGCCACGCUGCUCUUCUUCGCUGCCCUCUUCGUCUUGAUGGAGGCUCUGGCCCAGCUGCAGCUCAUCGACUACAUCGGCGAGCAGACGGCGCUGCUCAUCAAAUCCGUACCGGAGGACCAGCGCAUGGCCAUCGCCAUCAUCUUGGUGAUGUGGGUGUCCGCCCUGGCUUCUUCUCUCAUCGACAACAUCCCCUUCACCGCCACCAUGAUUCCAGUCCUCAUCAACUUGAGUCAGGAUGCAGACGUGAACCUGCCGGUGAAACCGCUCAUCUUUGCCUUGGCCAUGGGAGCAUGCCUCGGCGGAAACGGCACACUGAUCGGCGCGUCGGCCAACGUGGUAUGCGCCGGCAUCGCAGAGCAGCACGGCUACGGCUUCUCCUUCAUGGAGUUCUUCAGGUUAGGCUUCCCCAUGAUGAUCAUGACGUGCAUGAUCAGCAUGUGCUACCUGCUGGCCACUCACAUCGGACUCGGAUGGAACAUGUGAUCAGGGACGCCGAACCGGAACAGAAUCGGGGAUCCGAAGCUACAAACGCUCCCGUUUCACCGCCAACCAGAAAAGCAACAAGAAGAAGAACUCAGAGGAAGCGGCCAAAAUGUUACUUUUGUUUUUUCUCCCUCCAAUGAAGAAGACAAAGAACGCUCAUCAUGCAAUGUUGUAAAAUGUGACCUCAAUUAUUAAACAGAAUAUUCCCCCCAAAAGUACAUCAAUAUUAUUUAUGUUUAAAGGUAACCAUAACACCCAUCUAAAGGGAUUGUAUAAUCGUUCACGUGUAAUAUUUUGGGCACAUGUAUCCGUAAAAUAACGUUCUUCUUUUGGCAGAGAUCUGAUGUAAAGCGGUGAUUUACUUGUGAUGAUUUCGAACUUUAGUUCUGACGACGUCUCGU